AUGGACUGGACGCUGCUGGUAACCGAAGAUAUGUUGGGCUUGAUGGACUCGCUGCACUACGCUAGGAGAAAUGCUGACUGCAUUCACCUGAGUGCGACACAAGUUAGCGCCAUGCCACACACCAGUUCUAUCACAUAUCUACCACUUCCGAGCUGGCUAGAAGCCUCUGUUGAAGAAGCAAGAAGUGCAACUUCUAACACAGUGAUCUCUGAUUCACAAAGAUGGGCUUUUGAAUUUGAACUACCUGUUAAUGAGAGUGUUAAAUGUGUGGUGGAUGAGGUGAAGAAAGUCUAUCUGGUGUGCAGCAACACUCCUCAGAAAUAUAGAUAG